UUUCUACAUGGCGAAUCCUUUGGAUGUCGGCCCUUGCUUGAGCUGGAAUUUCAGGCCUUCUUCCGUCGUGCCAGCGCCACGGGCACGCCAUGCAUUGCGCAUGUUUCAGCCAUUUCCAGCAGCGUUGCUGGUGGCUGCAACGACCACACGGAGACGAUUUGCUCAUGCUCCCCGCGCCGCGUUUUCGAAAUGGUCUUCGCAUGAGAGCACGUUAAUCCUCGGCCCUGGCAGAAGCAAGGAUUUUUGGAAACUCCUUCGCGCUGGUGUUGAUGUGUUCAGCACCAAAUCUCUGGGUAUAGAGACGAAACAGAGGCUACGGGCCUUUCCCAGUGAUGCCUUCCAUGCGGCCCUGCGGCCCGAGGCUGUGGUGUCGGUGACCGGAACUGCUGCAGGGAGUGCAGUGAUGGCGGUGACUGGCACUGGGCGUGCCAUGGAGGUAGCUGUACGCGAAGAAUUGGGGCCUGAGCGUGGGACAACCAAGUUUCUCCUCCAACUUCAGGAUGGUCUUUCAGUGGAAGCGGUCCUUGUGCCGCAAGUAGAAGCAGAGAGGGAGCGCCGGGAGCGACGGGAUGGAAGGAAAGCGAGUUCCACUACAAUUUGUGUCAGCUCCCAGGUGGGUUGUUCACAGGGCUGCCGUUUUUGCAAGACCGCCACCAUGGGCAUCCUGCGGAAUCUACAUCCGGACGAGAUCUUGGCACAGGUGGUGCAAGGCAUUCGCUUGGCUGAAGAGAUGGGUUUGCCCAGGCCAAGCAACGUGGUGCUGAUGGGCAUGGGUGAGCCCUUGGCAAACUUCCCAGCUGUUAUGCCAGUGGUGGAGGCUUUGACGGAUCCCAUGCGUUUCGCCAUGAGCAGCAAGAAGGUAGUUCUAUCCACCGUGGCACCUUCACCGGCGCAGGUGCGGAUGCUGCAUCGGCUGCAGCGCUGCCAGCUCGCGUGGUCCUUGCAUUGCGUGGAUGAUGUGCUUCGGCGGCAGUUGGUGCCCUCCGCCCGCUUUUCGGUCGUCGAGCUGCGCGAGGCCUUUGGCGAGGUGCUGGCGGCGCGCGAGAAGCGCGGCCGGCGGCUGAUGGUGGCAGUGGUGCUGCUACGAGGCAUCAACGACCGCGUGACGGAUGCCGAGGCGCUGGCGAGUUUCCUGGAACCCUUGACGCAGCUCGGGGUGAAACUGAUCCUUGAUUUGAUCCCUUACAAUGACACGGGCAUUGAAGGAUUCCAUCGACCAUCGCCGGAGGCUGUGAUGGCAUUCAAGGAAGCGGUGUGGUCCAAGUUGCCUGCACUCUGCGUUUAUGUUCGUCAUCCGCGCGGGGAGGAUGCUGCGGCAGCUUGUGGACAACUGGCCACCCAGAAACGCCCGAGCAGAGCAACCACUCCGGUACAGAAAAGGGGCAUAGCCACCGCAGCACGCAGGCCUCAUGCUCCCCAAGCCGAUGCGCUGCCAGAGAGUUCCUUGGCGACUAGUCAUUUCGAUUGUGGUGCUAGCUGCUCCCUGCAUGGGUUGAUCAGAGUCUUUCAAUGGCUGGUUGGCCGUUUUGUUCACGGACUAUUUUCAGUUGGCGCAGUUUUGUAGUCGAAACUUUGGACACCUGGGAUGCUGAUACAAACCACGUACUGGUUGC